UGUUAAAAAGCGAUAUAAAAAUGAAAAGAGAAAGAAAGAAAAGAAAGACUAAUCUUCUUUUAGCUUUCAUCGCCAGGCGAGAUAUGCAGAACUCCUAACCCUAAACCCCCUCUCACCUUCCCACUUCGGAGAACUUUUUCAGAAGAGUUAAGAAACCAAAAGCUAAAAAGCAAAAAAGAAGAUCAAAGAUCAAAUCGAAGCACUUCUACUUUACAUUCAUAAUACAAAAGAAAGUCCAAAAAGAAACUCAAAAGAAACAAAGAAAAGAAAUGAUUAUAAUGGAGGAGAUUCAUCAGGACCAACACCACCAACAUCUUAGGACAACAACAACAACUGCAUUCUACUGCUGCUGCUGCUACUGUUAUACUUGUUCUUCAUGCUUAACUUUGCUGGUGGUAUUGUUGAUUGUUCAUCAACAAGUGAACUGUAAGUUUGAACAAUGUCUAGUGAAAUUGUGGUUGUGGCAGAACAAGAAGAAGGAGAAUCUUCUAAAAAUGGGAUUAGAAAUAGUAAGAAAACUAGAUUUAGAACUGUUGCUGGUGGUGUUUCUGUUCCAAUUUCAAUUAAAAUUCCAAUCCCAGAGCCUUUUGAAAGUGAAAAGUUGCCACCGACUUUAGUAUCUGAUAUUCGGAAGUUCCUUCGUGUUGCCAAUCAGAUUGAAUUUGAAUCUCCUCGUGUCGCCUACCUAUGCCGAUUUCACGCGUUUGAAAGAGCACAUAUGAUGGAUCCUAGUUCAAGUGGCCGUGGUGUUCGCCAGUUCAAAACAUCUCUUCUUCAACGGCUUGAACUGGAUGAAGAAGCCACUAUUCGCAGGCGGAAGGAAAAGAGCGAUGUGCGUGAGCUAAAGGGUGUCUACCAUAAAUACGAAGGUUACAUUCUCAAAUUCGACGGGAAUUUUCUUGAAAAUAGGGAACAACUAAUGAGUGCACGUGCAAUUGCUUCGGUUUUAUUUGAAGUAUUGAAAUCUGUUACAUCUGGAAUUGGUCUUGAGGGCAUUAUUGAUGGUGGGGACGUUGGUGCAUAUAAUCCCUUCAAUAUUCUUCCACUUGAUCGUGCAGGAGAACGUCAAGCAAUUAUGCAGCUCCCUGAGAUUAAAGCUGCGGUGGGAGCUGUCCGCAAUGUUCGUGGUUUACCAUCAGCAGAUAGUGUUCCAAAACCAGGGGCUACCAUAGAUUUACUUGAUUGGUUGCAGUCUUGGUUUGGGUUUCAGAAAGGAAACGUAGCUAACCAGCGGGAGCAUUUGAUUCUACUGCUUGCCAACAUCCAUGCCCGAGGGCCUCAUAAACAAGCAUCCAUGUCAGAGCUACGUGAAAGUGCCGUGGAUGAAUUAAUGAAGAAAUUAUUUAGAAACUAUAAAAAUUGGUGCAGGUUUUUGGGGAGAAAAAGCAACAUCUGGUUGCCAACUGUAAAACAGGAAGUCCAUCAGCAUAAAAUUUUGAAUAUAGGCCUUUAUCUUCUUAUAUGGGGGGAGGCUUCAAAUCUGCGGCUUAUGCCAGAGUGUCUCUGUUACAUUUUUCACAACAUGGCAUACGAGUUGCACAGUUUGGUGACUGGUGCAGUUAGCCUGACUACUGGUGAAAAGCUCUGUCCAGCAUAUGGCGGUGGAUUUGAGUCUUUUCUCGAAGAUGUAGUUACACCGAUAUACUGGGUUAUAUAUAAGGAAGCUAAGAAAAACAAGAACGGCACAGCUGAUCAUUCUAAAUGGAGAAACUACGAUGAUUUAAAUGAGUUUUUCUGGUCUCCUGACUGUUUCCAGCUUGGUUGGCCUUUCCGCCUCGACCAUAACUUCUUUCGUGUACAGACUCCAGUUAACAGCAAUGUUGGAAAUGAUAAAUCUUCUGUUGAGAAGUUGGUUGGAAAUGAUAUAACUUCUGUUGAGAAGUUGGUUGGAAAUGACAAAGCUUCUUUUGGGAAGUUGGUGGCUAACAAAGUAGGCAAUGUAGGCAAGGACAGUGAACCAAGAUGGUUGGGAAAGACAAAUUUUGUAGAGAUUCGUUCGUUCUGGCAACUCUUUAGAAGCUUUGAUAGGAUGUGGAACUUUUUUAUAUUAUCUCUACAGGCAAUGAUAAUAAUGGCAUGGCACGAUUUGGGUUCUCCAUUUGAACUGUUUGAGGAAAGAGUAUUUGAGAACAUCAUGAGCAUCUUCAUAACUUCUGCAGUUCUUAAGUUGGUACAAGCGAGUCUUGACAUUGCAUUUACCUGGAAAGCAAGGCACACCAUGGACUUCUAUCAAACCCUAAGAUACAUGCUUAAGCCUGUCGUUGCAUCUCUGUGGAUCAUCAUUCUUUCAGUUUAUUAUGCGGACUCUAGAAGAAAGUCGACUUGUUCUCGAAUAGGAUAUGGGAGUUGGAUUGGAGGAUGGUGUAUCUCUUCAUAUAUGGUUGCAGUUGCACUUUAUUUGAUGUCAAAUGCAGUUGGGAUGAUAUUAUUUCUAGUUCCGGCAGUUGGCAAGUACAUAGAAAACUCAAAUUGGAGGGUGUUUAUUAUUUUGUCUUGGUGGGCACAGCCUCGAUUAUAUGUUGCUCGCGGAAUCCAAGAGAGUGUGGUUUCUCUUUUCAAGUAUUCAUUUUUUUGGGUGCUUUUGUUGUUGAGCAAAUUCUCAUUCAGCUACUUUUACGAGAUAAAACCACUGGUAGAGCCAACCAAGCAAAUAAUGAAAAUUGGUGUGAACAAGUACGACUGGCAUGAGCUAUUCCCUAAAGUGCAGAACAAUGUUGGUGCUAUAAUUGCUAUUUGGGCUCCAAUUGUACUUGUAUUUUUUAUGGAUACUCAGAUUUGGUAUUCUGUAUUCUGCACUACCUUUGGUGGAAUCAAUGGGGUCUUUCGUCAUCUUGGUGAGAUACGUACAAUGGGGAUGCUGAGAAGUAGAUUCCACUCCUUGCCUCAUGCUUUUGAUGUUUCACUUGUUCCACCAUCUACAAAAAAUGGCCAAGCGAAGAAAAGAAAAAGUUUCUUUAAGUGGAAAUUCCAAAAGGAAUCAGAUAGACGGAUACUUGGCAGUGCUAAAUUUACUCAAGUAUGGAACCAAAUUAUCAAAAGUUUCCGUUAUGAGGACCUCAUAAGCAACAGAGAGAUGGAUUUGAUGACUAUACCUACGUCAUUAGAGGUAGAUACUGUCCCAGUCUAUUGGCCCAUCUUCCUACUAUCAACUAAGUUUUCAACAGCAUUGAGCAUCGCUAGAGAUUAUGUCGGAACGGAUGAUAAUCUGUUUAGAAAGAUAGAAAAAGAUAACUACAUGUACUGUGCCGUGAAGGAGUGCUACGAGUCUCUGAAGUAUAUCCUCGACAUCUUGAUUGUGGGUGAGCUGGAGAAGAGAAUUAUUUCUUACAUGUUUAAUGAAGUUGAAACAAGCAUUAGCAAUUUUAGUCUCCUUGAGGAUUUCCAUAUGAGUGAGCUUUCAGCAUUUCACACCAAAUGUAUUGAGCUAGUGGACCUUCUGGUUGAGAACCGAGAAUCUGACCGUGAUAAAGUGGUGAUGAUACUCCAAGAUAUCUUUGAGGUUGUAACGAAAGAUAUGAUGGUACAUGGAUCCAGAUUACUGGAUCUGAUCCAAUCUCAGCCAAUGGAUGAUGAUGAUGGAGCUGCUUUCUUUGAGCUGGUUCAACCAGAGUUAUUUGCAUCGAAGGAUGACCCUGUCAUCCUUUUUCCAUUACCAGAUUCAGGUCCUUUCAAAGGGCAGAUCAAGCGUUUGCUGCUAUUGCUUACUGUAAAAGAGACAGCUCUGGAAAUUCCUAUGAACUUGGAAGCCCGGAGACGCAUUUCCUUUUUUUCUAAUUCCCUCUUCAUGAAUAUGCCGAGUGCUCCUAAAGUUCGCAAUAUGCUGUCUUUCAGUGUCAUGACUCCACAUUACAGAGAAGAAGUUAAUUUUUCAAUUGAAAAGCUGCACUCAAGCCAAGAGGGAGUUUCCAUAAUAUUUUACAUGCAAAAGAUAUAUCCAGAUGAAUGGAAAAACUUUUUGGAGCGGAUGGGAUGUGAAAGUUGGGAAGAAUUAGAAUCUAAAGGAAAAGGUGAAGAGCUUCGAAAUUGGGCUUCUUUCCGUGCACAGACAUUAAGCAGAACAGUUAGAGGAAUGAUGUAUUACCGCAAGGCCUUAAAGUUGCAAGCAUUUCUUGAUAUGACUGAAGAUGAAGACAUUCUUGAAGAGUACAAAGCAGUUGAAAAGGGAGAUGAGAGGAAAAAUAGUCCACACUCACUGUUAGCACAAGUUGACGCACUAACCGAUAUGAAAUUCACAUACAUCAUCUCCUGUCAAGCAUUUGGAGCACAAAGAUCUUCUGGAGAUUCUCGUGCACAAGACAUAAUAGAUUUGAUGAUAAGAUAUCCGUCCUUGCGUGUUGCUUAUGUUGAGGAGAAAGAAGAAAUCGGAACUGACCAGAAAGUUUAUUCCUCUGUACUGGUUAAAGCUAUUAACAAAUUGGAUCAGGAGAUAUAUCGGAUAAAGCUUCCUGGUCCACCAAAUAUUGGAGAAGGAAAACCUGAAAACCAAAAUCAUGCUAUUAUAUUCACACGUGGUGAUGCUCUACAAUCAAUUGAUAUGAACCAAGAUAAUUAUUUGGAAGAAGCAUUGAAAAUGAGAAACAUUUUGCAAGAAUUUCUUUGCCACCAAGGGGGACGAUCUCCUACUAUACUGGGUUUGAGGGAACACAUAUUCACCGGAAGUAUUUCAUCUCUGGCUUGGUUCAUGACUUAUCAAGAGACCAGUUUCGUCACCAUAGGUCAAAGGCUUUUAGCCAAUCCUCUCAGGGUACGGUUCCACUAUGGCCAUACAGAUUUGUUUGACAGAGUGUUCCAUUUAACAAGAGGUGGCAUAAGCAAAGCUUCAAAAACUAUUAACUUGAGCGAGGAUAUGUUUGCGGGGUUUAAUUCAAUACUUCGCCGGGGUUAUGUUACUUACCAUGAGUACAUGCAAGUUGGGAAAGGCCGUGAUGUAGGUCUGAACCAAAUCUCGCAAUUUGAAGCCAAAAUAGCCUAUGGUAAUAGUGAACAAACGAUAAGCCGUGACAUUUACCGCCUUGGGCAUUCCUUCGACUUUUUCCGAAUGCUAUCAUGUUACUUCACUACGGUCGGGUUUUACUUUAAUAGCCUGCUGGCUGUGAUUGGAGUAUACGUUUUCCUCUAUGGGCAGCUUUACUUGGUCUUGAGUGGGUUGGAAAAAGCACUCUUUCUGGAGGCUCGCAUGCAGAACAUAGAAUCCUUGGAUACAGCACUUGCUUGCCAGUCAUUCAUCCAGCUCGGACUUUUAACAGGGCUACCAAUGGUAAUGGAGAUUGGACUUGAGAGAGGAUUUCUCGCGGCCUUAAAAGACUUUAUCCUCAUGCAGUUACAGCUGGCUGCAGUUUUCUUCACCUUCUCUCUCGGAACAAAAUGUCACUAUUAUGGUCGAGCAAUUCUUCAUGGUGGUGCCAAGUACAUGCCAACUGGUCGUAAAGUCGUCAUAUUUCAUGCAAGCUUCACAGAAAAUUAUCGGUUAUAUUCACGCAGUCACUUUGUUAAAGGAUUCGAAUUACUUCUGCUGUUGAUUGUUUACAAUUUAUUGAGACCUCACCAGAGCAGCAUGCCUUUCCUAACCAGCAUGACAUACUCAUUGAUCACAUACUCGAUCUGGUUUAUGUUAGCAACUUGGCUUUUUGCACCGUUUCUGUUCAAUCCUUCUGGAUUUAACUGGGGAAAAAUUGUAGAUGAUUGGACAGAUUGGAAUAAGUGGAUGAAGAAUCAGGGAGGAAUUGGAGUCCACCAGGAUAAGAGCUGGGAAUCAUGGUGGAAUGAUGAGCUUGCUCAUCUUUGGCACUCUGGAAUUGGUGGUAGAAUACUUCAAAUACUGUUUUCCGUACGAUUUUUUAUAUAUCAGUAUGGUAUGGUAUAUCACCUGGACAUAGCGCAACACAACAAAAAUUUUCUGGUCUACCUUCUAUCCUGGCUUGUGAUUGCCGCCAUCUUCAUAUUCGCUAAGGCAGUUAACGUGGGACGAAAACGACUGAGUGCCAGGAAUCAAUUUCUGUACAGGCUUCUUAAAGCAUUUUUGUUCCUUGGCGUGCUAUCUGCCAUUAGUACUCUUUCUAUUGUAUGCGAACUAUCUCCGAAGGACUUGAUUAUUUGCAGCUUGGCAUUUCUGCCCACUGGAUGGGGUUUGACUUUGAUUGCGCAAGCUGUGCGGCCAAAGAUACAACAAUUUGGAUUGUGGGAGUUUGUUGUUGUUCUUGCUCAAUUUUACGACUAUGGAAUGGGUGUUGUUCUAUUUGCUCCAAUGGCAGCAUUAGCAUGGCUCCCAAUCAUAUCAGCCUUCCAGACUCGGUUUCUUUUCAACGAAGCAUACAGUAGACGGCUACAAAUUCAACCAAUUCUUGCUGGGAAAAGGAAGAAGGGUAGUUAACCUAAUUGGAGAACUCGUAUACACAAUUACAUUGAUGAAAAUCAUCCUGUCCAUAUGUCAAUAUUAAAGAAAAUAGCUUUCACAUAUAACGUACAUAUAUCAGUUUUUGUACAUUAUCGACUCUUGAACUAAACUUUGUAAUUUUUUGCUCGACCGAGAUUCUCUUCCACGC